AAUUGAAAAAACUGUUUUUCCUAAAAGAGCAGUUAAAUAGUUUAUUAAUAUAAGUUGUUUUUUUUUUUAAAUCUAUAUAUCUCACUCGUUUGUGGAAAAGGCAGUAAAUAAAAAGCGGAAAUAGAACUGCAUAUAAAAUGGUUGGAAACAAUGAUCUCUUACCUAAAAAAAAAAAGAAUAAAGAAGCUAAACUUAAAAAAUCUGAGAGCGAGGAAGAGAUAGAGGAGAAGUACUAUGAUGAUUUUGACAGUAGCAGUUUUGUUGAUGAAAGCGAAGAAGAAAAUGAAAAUAUUGAUGUGGACGAAAAUAUUAUAGAACAGAUUGAACUGCCUGAUAAUAUUAGGAGAUUUAAACCACCAUCUCUAAAAGAAAAAAAAUCUGUUCAUUUUGAUUGCAGUGAUGAAGAAGGAGAAGAUGAUGAGCAGGAAGAUAAUUUAAUAGAUGAGAAGAGCAGUCAUAAAGCUGAAAAUCUGUCAAAAAAGCGUUUGGUGGCUGUUUUUAUGCUGUUCCCAAUUUUUUUCGGUGGCAUUGUUAUGAUUUUUGAAAUGUUUGGAAAGUUUAAAUGGGAAAAAACCACCAUGCAGUUUAGUGCUCUAGCUUUUGGUGCUGUGAUAGCCUUAUUUUUUCUUGCUCGUGUACCUUUGUAUCGUUCUUUAUUAAAACUAGUAUUAUGCUUUGCAUGGGUUAUUUUUUUAUUACCAACUUACCAGGUCUAUAAAUGUUCCCCUAUUGAACUAAAAAAUGAUAUGAUUGGUACUUGGUUCAGUGUUAAAACAGAAGCAUUUUCAUUUUUAGAGAGUACCUAUACAACAAGCAAUUGUUUUAAAUCUUUGACACUGCAUGCACCUUAUACAUUGUCAUUUAUGUCUCCUAAAGUAGUUUUAAAAGUCGAAAUAGAUGAUUUGAUUAGUCUGAAAAACGAAACUUCUACUGAAAAUGAAGAAACAGAAGUACAUUACUUUUUACUGGUUUCUAAGAGAAGCGUAAAGCAGCGGUUUCACAAAAUCUAUAUGCUUGCUGUUGCAACUUCAAAAGAUGCAAAUUUAUUAGAAAAUUCUCUUAUUCUUAGCACAGAGGAAAAGCGAAAAAAUGUUCUUAUGGUGUCAGGAUCAAUAUUAAAUAUAGAUCAAAUAGAUUUACCAUUGAAAGAGGAGUUAGAAACUUUGAAGUAUUUAGUUAGACCCAUCAAGUUUCAAAUUGAGACAGUAAAAUAUGCAAGUCGAUAUUCAAAGGUUCAUUAAAUGGAAUGAACAUUAAUUAAAAUAAACAUAAAAUAUUUUUUUAAAUGAAAUUAUUUAGUUUUAAAUUUUGUAGCUAGGAAAAAAAAUAUUAUGUUUGCAUAAGCUUUUCUGGUUAUAGAAUUUAUAUUAAAAUUUAAAUUUUAAACUGUGGAAUAAAUUUUAAUAAUUUCUAAAAAAGUCAAAAAACUUGGAAUAAAUUAUAAUAAAAGAUCAAUAAAAAAUAUAAAAAGGUCGCCAAUUGUUAAUAUAUUUAUUUGUCAUAAUUGAUAACUUGAUUAAUAGUUGAAUGCUCAUCAAACUGAAACAGUCCUUUAAGUACCAACAUAUUCUGCAAUGGUUGUUUUUAGGACAAUGCUUUUUUUCGAGUGCAGAAUUUUUACUGGAUGUAUUUAACUCUAUUUGUCUACUUUAAUGGUAAUUCUUUAUUUUGCUUUAAUGAUUUUUUUACUUGAGUGUAUACCAUGCCCGUAUAUAACAGGAGGAGGGGGUCGUCGGGUUCGAUCGACCCCCUUUUUUUAACUAAUUCUUUUUGUUUCACGCAAGUUUUAUACAAAGCCGUACUGUAAAAUUUUGUACGAAAAAUAUUCACGGUACAGGCGUGUAUAACACUGCACAUAAAAAAGAAAAGAUAUCUGUUGAUUACUGUAGAUUGUUUUAGAUGUAAAUACCGCUAAUUAAUGUCUCGAAAAGUCGA